AAUAAGUACAAUAUUUACAAUAGAUACUACUUUAUUUUGUUGCAUUAUGGCUCAAUGUCCUGCUGGCUUAUAUUCAAGGCUUGAUCAAGCUUUUGAACCAGAGGGUGGAACAGCAAGCCCUCAACAGAGUCAGGUUACUUUGCCACCCCAGCAGGCAACGAAUACGUCAACCCCUCAGACGAAGCUGAGAGAAAAAUACAAACUUGUUUUGUAUCGAUUUGGAGUUACUGAAAUUGUUCUUGGCGUUUUAUCUGUCGUUUUGUGCAUCGUGACGUUGAUCAUCGCAAGCACAAAGAAGACUUAUGUCUAUCAUAGUACUUGGAAUAACAGAACGUACGAUUACAGAAUUCGUUAUAGCGUUACGUAUGCUUCUCACGGAAUAUGGUGCGGCGGUGUUGUAAUUGCAUCUGGAAUUCUUGGAUUCAAAGCUAGAGGAAAACCUUCCGUUUGUUUUUAUAAUGCGAAUAUGGCGGUCAGUAUUGUAGCUUCUUGCUUCAUGGCUACACUUUGUAUAAUGUCUGCGAUAUGUGCUGGAGACACUUACCCACGUAAAGGGAACGGUGGAAUCAUUGCCGUUGAUUCUAUUAUGGCUGUCAUUGGAUUUGCUGGGAUGAAUAUCUGUAUCAUUCAUUCAGCAUAUUGUUGCGCUGGUGUCUGUUGCCGCAAAAAACCUCAAGGCGUGGUUGUAUACGCAGCUCACCCUGCUUAUCCACAACAACAAAUGGUUCAGCUCGCAAACGGCCAAUUCAUUAUGAUACCUGCUCAAGGAUAUGCACCGGGAACUUCAUAUUACCCCGGUACACAAAUGCCUCCUCAACCAGGAGUGGCCGUUCCUCCCUACCCGCAGACAGCAAACUCUCAAAUGACAAAAGAACAAGAAGCUCAAGCGAACCAGAACCCGCCAGAAUAUACAGCUCAUGCAUCACAUAAUCCUUCUGUAUAAGAGAUUUUCAAACAUUUUGUCUUGAAGCCGUAAAGCUGAAGUAUUCCAUACCUCGGAAAACAUUUUGAGUUUCGUCUACUCCGGUAUAAUUCGACCUCGUAAAUUUAUAUUCAAUGGAGCAUGAAGAAUCAUCAAUGACAAUUCCUUUUUGGAAUGUGAUUAUUCUGACCCGUCACAGUUCAUUGAGUUUUAUGGUUGAAGAGUUGAACAGUAUCAAGGUAGACAUUACCAAACUUUUAUAAUAAUAGCCGGUAUAAGUAUAAGCCGACCCAACUUGGCACCUUUUUAGAGUUUCAGACUCAUCUUAUAUGCCAGGAUAUAAUAUGUCUUGAAAUUGAAAAAAAAAAA